UCAGGCCUGUCCCAGGGCAGGGUCCGCUGGUCCCUGCCAAGCAUCUGCCGUGCCCGAGACCCAAACAUGGCAUCCCUGGAAGAAAGCUUCCCUCGAGGGGGUACAAGAAAGAUCCACAAAUCAGAGAAGGCUUUCCAGCAGUCAGUUGAACAAGACAACUUAUUCAAUAUUUCUACUGAAGAGGAAUCCACCAAAAGGAAAAAGAACCAGAAAGGACCAGCAAAAACAAAAAAGUUGAAAAUCGAGAAGAGAGAAAGCAGCAAGUCUGUAAGAGAGAAGUUUGAAAUCCUUAGUGUUGAGUCCCUGUGCGAGGGAAUGCGGAUUUUAGGUUGCGUGAAAGAGGUAAAUGAAUUAGAACUGGUGAUCAGUCUCCCCAAUGGCCUCCGGGGAUUUGUGCAAGUAACUGAAAUCUGUGAUGCUUACACCAAAAAGCUGAAUGAGCAGGUGGCACAAGAAGAACCUCUGAAGGAUCUACUCCACUUGCCUGAACUUUUCUCACCUGGAAUGCUGGUGAGAUGUGUGGUGAACAGUGUGGGCAUCACAGAGAGGGGGAAAAGGAGUGUGAAGCUAUCUCUGAACCCCAGAAACGUCAAUAGAGUGCUGAGUGCUGAGGCCCUGAAGCCUGGCAUGUUGCUCACAGGCACUGUGUCCAGCCUGGAAGACCAUGGCUACCUAGUGGACAUUGGUGUUGAUGGGACCAGAGCAUUUUUGCCACUGCCAAAAGCCCAGGAGUACAUCCGACAGAAGAACAAAGGUGCUAAAUUGAAGGUGGGUCAGUACCUGAACUGUGUCAUUGAAGAGGUGAAAGGCAACGGAGGAGUUGUCAGUCUAUCUGUUGGUCAUGCAGAGGUUUCUACUGCCAUUGCUACUGAGGACCAAAACUGGACCCUUAAUAACUUGUUACCAGGACUUGUAGUCAAAGCCCAGGUACAGAAGGUGACUCCACAUGGCCUUACGCUAAACUUCCUCACAUUCUUCACGGGCCUAGUUGAUUUUAUGCAACUGGAUCCCAAGAAAGCUGGAACAUACUUCUCAAACCAAGCAGUCAGGGCCUGCAUCCUCUGUGUUCAUCCUCGGACCAGAGUUGUGCGCCUGAGCUUGCGCCCCAUCUUCCUGCAACCUGGGCGUCCACUCACCCGGCUGUCUUGCCAGCACCUUGGAGCUGUGCUAGAUGAUGUUCCCGUCCAGGGCUUUUUCAACAAGGCUGGGGCCACCUUUAGGCUGAAGGAUGGGAUUCUGGCCUAUGCACGGCUCAGCCAUCUCUCUGAUUCUAAGAACACCUUCAAACCUGAGAGCUUCAAGCCAGGGAACGCUCACAAGUGUAGAAUUAUUGACUAUAGCCCAAUGGAUGAACUGGCCUUACUCUCUCUGCGGACGUCUAUUAUUGAAGCUCAGUACCUUAGAUAUCAUGACAUUAAACCUGGGGCAGUGGUAAAGGGCACAGUGCUAACUAUAAAGCCGUACGGGAUGCUGGUGAAGGUGGGCCAGCAAAUAAGGGGCCUGGUACCUGCCAUGCACCUGGCUGACAUCCUGAUUAAGAAUCCAGAGAAGAAGUACCACGUUGGGGACGAGGUCAAAUGCCGGGUAUUGCUUUGUGACCCCGAAGCCAAGAAGCUGAUGAUGACUCUGAAGAAAACCCUGGUUGAGUCCACACUACCUGCCAUUACCUGCUAUGCUGAUGCCAAGCCUGGUCUGCAGACGCAUGGCUUCAUCAUCAGGGCGAAGGACUAUGGCUUUUCUGAUUCACUUCUUUGCAGGAAGCCAGCUUUGGUGUCCACAGUAGAAAGUGGCCAGGACCCCAAGAACUUCUCGGAAAUCCAUCCUGGAAUGCUGCUUGUUGGUUUUGUGAAGAGCAUCAAGGACUAUGGUGUGUUCAUCCAGUUUCCCUCGGGUCUUAGUGGACUGGCCCCCAAAGCUAUCAUGAGUGACAAGUUUGUGACCUCCACAAGUGACCACUUUGUCGAGGGGCAGACAGUAGUUGCAAAGGUGACCAACGUGGAUGAGGAGAAGCAGCGGAUGCUGCUGUCGCUGCGGCUAUCGGACUGCGCUCUGGGGGACUUGGCCGCUGCCAGCCUCCUCCUCCUGAGGCAGUGCCUGGAGGAGUUGCAGGGCGUGCGCAGCCUCAUGCGCAACCGAGACUCUGUGUUAAUCCAGACGCUGGCUGAGAUGACCGCAGGAAUGGUCCUUGACUUAGUGGUGCAGGAGGUGUUGGAAGAUGGCUCUGUGUUGUUCAGCGGGGGCCCAGUGCCUGGCUUGGUCCUGAGAGCCAGCAAAUAUCAUCGGGCAGGGCAGGAGGUGGAAUCUGGGCAGAAAAAGAAGGUUGUGAUCUUAAAUGUUGAUAUGUUGAAGUUGGAAGUCCAUGUUUCCCUUCACCAGGACUUGGUGAAUAGAAAAGCUAAAAAGCUGAAGAAAGAUAGCGAACACCAGGCGAUUGUGCAGCACUUGGAGGAGUCCUUUGCCGUUGCCUCCUUGGUAGAGACUGGCCACCUGGCAGCUUUCUCCCUGACCUCUCACCUCAACGACACCUUCCGCUUUGACUCGGAGAAGUUGCAUGUGGGACAAGGUGUUUCCCUAACCCUCAAGACCACAGAACCAGGAAUGACUGGUCUUCUUUUCGCUGUCGAGGGGCCAGCUGCUAAGAGGACCAUGAGACAGACCCGGAAGGACUCUGAGACAGUUGACGAGGAUGAGGAAGUGGAUCUAGCUCUGGCUGUAGGGACUGUAAAGAAGCAUACCCUGUCUAUCGGGGACAUGGUCACAGGGACUGUGAAGUCCAUUAAGCCCACCCAUGUGGUUGUGACUCUGGAAGAUGGUGUCAUUGGCUGCAUCCAUGCCUCCCACAUUCUAGAUGAUGUUCCAGAGGGCACUUCUCCUACAACCAAGCUGAAAGUUGGAAAGACAGUCACUGCCCGAGUGAUUGGUGGGCGAGACAUGAAGACAUACAAAUGUUAUGUCCUGUCCACCGCAGACGAGGUAUUGACUUUGUCACUACGAUCAUCCAGAACAAACCCAGAGACAAAAAGCAAAAUAGAAGAUCCGGAGAUUAACUCCAUCCAGGACAUUAAGAAAGGGCAGCUCUUGAGGGGCUACGUGAGGUCUGUCCAGCCACACGGCGUGCUCUUCGGCCUCGGCCCCUCGGUUGUGGGUUUGGCCCAAUACCCACAUGUCUCCCAGUACAGCCCGUCCAAGAAAACCCUUUAUAACAAAUACCUCCCCGAAGGGAAGUUGCUCACAGCCAAGAUCCUAAGCCUGAACCACCAGAAGAACCUGGUAGAGCUGUCGUUCCUCCCCAGCGACACCGGGAAGCCGGAUGUGUUAUCUGCUUCCAUGGAACUGCCACUUUCAAAGCAAGAGGCGAGGAAAAUAGAGGCUGAGGAGAGAGACCAAAAAGGAGAAGAGAAGAAUCAGAAAAGGAAAGAGAAGAAGAGCCAAAAGGGGCAGGCAGAGGCACGGCUGUCCAACAAGGAGAAGACGCAGGGCAAGCGGCUGCGGACGCCCGCGAGUGAGCGGGAAAGAGUGAAUAAGAAGGCAAAGAGAGCUCGUCUGUCAGAGGAGGAUGACAGUGGCAUGGAAGUGUAUUAUCGGGAAGGAGAAGAGGAGAUGGAAGAGACGAAUGUGCUGCCCAAGGAGAAGCCAACCAAGCCAGCAGAAGCUCCCCGGCUGCAGCUGCCCUCGGGCUUUGCUUGGAACGUGGGCCUAGACUCUCUGACCCCGGCCUUGCCACCUCGAGGAGAGAGCUCAGACAGUGAGGAGGACGAGAAGCCACACCAAGCCACGCAGAAAAAGAAAAGCAAGAAGGAAAGGGAUUUGGAGAAACAAAAGGCAGAGAAAGAGCUGUCCCGCGUUGAGGAGGCGCUGAUGGAUCCCAGGCGACAGCCGGAGUCAGCAGAUGACUUUGACCGACUCGUGCUGAGCUCCCCCAACAGCUCCAUCCUGUGGCUGCAGUACAUGGCUUUCCACCUGCAGGCCACGGAGAUCGAGAAGGCCCGUGCUGUGGCCGAGAGAGCCCUUAAGACCAUCUCCUUCAGAGAAGAGCAGGAGAAGCUGAACGUGUGGGUGGCGCUGCUGAACCUAGAAAACAUGUACGGCUCUCAGGAGUCCCUGAGCAAGGUCUUCGAGCGGGCCGUGCAGUACAACGAGCCUCUCAAAGUCUAUCUGCACCUGGCUGACAUCUAUACCAAGUCAGAGAAGUUACAGGAAGCCGGUGAACUCUACAACCGGAUGCUGAAGCGUUUCCGGCAGGAGAAAGCUGUGUGGAUCAAAUACGGCGCCUUUCUCCUGCGGAGGAGCCAGGCCGGGGCCAGUCACCGCGUGCUGCAGCGCGCCCUCGAGUGCCUGCCUAGCAAGGAGCACGUGGAUGUGAUUACCAAGUUUGCCCAGCUCGAGUUCCAGCUGGGGGAUGCAGAGCGGGCCAAAGCCAUUUUUGAGAACACGCUGAGCACCUACCCAAAGCGCACAGAUGUCUGGUCGGUCUACAUCGACAUGACCAUCAAGCACGGCAGCCAGAAGGAAGUCCGGGACAUCUUUGAGCGGGUCAUUCAUCUGAGCCUGGUCCCCAAGAGAAUGAAGUUCUUCUUCAAGCGCUACCUGGACUAUGAGAAGCAGCAUGGCACGGAGAAGGACGUGCAGGCGGUCAAGGCCAAGGCCCUGGAGUAUGUGGAGGCCAAGAGCUCAGUACUGGAGGAAUAGGGACAGGCUGGCUCCUCCAGGCUCGGUCAGCAGUGGGCCAGCCGCAGCUCAGUGCCUGGGCACUCGGAAACCUGUUGCCUGAGGACUCUAUUCAAGUGCUGCUUUUUCUGCAGCAUCCCUGGGGAAUCCUGUCAGGGUGAAAAAGAAUUCGAGGCUGCUUUUAAUUCC